AUGGCCCCUUCUUCAAAGAAGAGAUCCAAAAAGGGAUCUCCCAAAAGCCCCAAGGAAACAAGAAAGAGAAUGACCAAGGCAACAGCCCCUGAAAUCGACUUCAACAGUGAGGAUUACAACAUACGCUCACCAGAGCGCACCCAGCUCCUGACCCAAGUUAAGGAGGCGAUCGGCGACGCUCCUGUCUCCUCUGCUUUCUGGGCUUGCUUUCAGCUCGCCGAUAUGAACCAAUUGAACCAAUUGCUGGUUAUCGCCAAGGUGAAUCCGGAGGUGGUUCUUGGGUAUGAUGAACCGUUGGUUCUCCUACCGUUAAAAUGGAGCCAGAGAUUUAAGGAUUCAGGGUCAGAGGCAGUUUCGCAACGUUCGGGGGGUGCAAAGAAGCGCAAACUGAAUGCUAACGGACAGUCAUGGGUGCAGCGGUCAGCGAUUCAGGCGGACAAGUGCAAAGAGCGAGAUGAUUACAAAUGCGUCCUGACGAAUCAGCUAUUACCUCGGGAAGCCCAUAUAUUCCCCUACAGUAUGCUCAAUUCACCGCUACAAGGCAGCCGAAGCCAAACCUCCAAGAUGAUCCCUGAUUUUUGGAAGUUGUUACAUCUCUUCUGGGACAAGGAUCGGAUCAAGAAAUGGAAAGAGACGAUCUUUCAAGAUUCUCAGAAUCCUAAUACUGGUAUCGACCGAUGCUUCAAUCUCAUCUCCCUUGAUGCCAGCGUUCAUGUGAAGUGGACCAAGGGAUUGUUCGCGCUGAAGCCGUUGAGACUUUCAAGCGAUCGCAAAGAGCUUACCGUUCAAUUCUUCUGGCAGGUUCCUAGCAACUAUGACAUGGCAAGCCGGAUCGAUUUGCUUACGGAACCCACAUCAUCGGAAGGCUUGGAAGUCGUCGCAAACGGACAUUGGUUGACUCGCUUUGAAGAUGAUGGCUCCCUGCGCGCUAUUCGUUCCGGAGAGCUGGUUACUCUCACUACCAAAGACCCCGAAAAUUUGCCGUUACCGAGCGUGGAACUCUUCGAGAUGCAAUGGGUCCUCCAACGUCUUGUGGGGAUGUCAGGGGCUGCGGGAUGGCCAAUCCUGGACUUGGAUGACGAAAAUGUUGAUGACGAUGGCUGGUUUGUUCCGGACCUUACCCCUAAUCUGGACAACUCUUUGAAAAGAGUCUGCGAAUGGGUUACUACCAGGGAUGCUGCAGAUGUCAGGCCGGAAAUUUCAACGGCAACACCAUGUCCUUCUGUGAUCCCGUGUCAGUGA